AUGGCGAGCGAAGAGGAGGCUAGAAGACGCCCCUCGGUUACCUCGUCUUCGGUCGGCCUGGAGUCUCUGUUCCCUGCCGGGUCCUCGGAGCAGGCCUGCGGGGACUCAAACCCGGAGCUCGUCCGCCUGCGGGAGCGUCUUCAGGGUUGGCUAUCGCAGUAUGAGCCCCUGCUGCUGUGGUUGCAGAGGCUGCUGGUCUGGGAGAGGCCGUUGUACAGCAUCUCUGUCGCCCUGACGCUCAACACUUUAUUCUGGCUCCUGUCCUCCACCUCCCUGCGGCCUCUGUUCCUGUUGAGUGUGUCCCUGCUGGGACUUAUGCUGCUGGAGAGAUGGAAGCCCAAGUUGCCCAUCAUUACCGUUCAACAUGCAGAGGCUCACCCUGUACAAAGCGAAACCAUGAGCGCGGAGCAGCGUCUCCUCAGUAUCCCCGAGCUCAGCCACCACCUGGCUGAGGGCUACCUGACCUGCUGCCUGUACCUGCAGGAGACGUUGCAGUACAAACGACAGAACCACGGCAAGUUCUGCGUGAUGAUGUGCAGUGGCUGUUUUGUACUCGCCGUGGUCGGACAUUACGUACCAGGAAUCAUGAUCUCCUAUAUUAUAGUCCUGAGCGUGCUGCUGUGGCCGCUGGUGGUUUACCACGAGCUGAUCCAGAGGAUGUACACGGGCUUGGAGCCGAUCCUGAUGAAACUGGACUACAGCAUGAAGGGCGAUACCGAGCACCGCAAGCACGACAAGAGGAAGGUGAAGAAGGAGAUGGAGGAGGGGGACGAGCCAAGAGCUGAAACGGAGAGCGAGAGCGAGGAGGAGCUGUCCUGUUUCGCCCCGACGGUGGACGUGAAGACCACGGCUCUGGCGAUGGCCAUCACGGACUCUGAGCUGUCAGACGAGGAGGCAUCCAUCUUGGAGAGCGGAGGGUUCUCAGUGUCCCGAGCCACCACUCCCCAACUCACUGACUUCUCUGAAGACCUGGACCAGCAGAGUUUACACAGUGACCCAGAGGAGUCCUACCUGCGGGAUCUCCCAGAGUUCCCCUCAGUUGAGGAGUUCCCGUCCAUCGAGCACAACCUGCUCCACUUCCCUCUGCGGGGACCCGGCCAGGGCGACGGAGGCCAGGCCGGCGCUCAGUCAGAGGGGGAACUGUUGAGCCCCGCCAGCCUCCUUAUCCAGCACCUAGCAUCUCCGCUCCACUUUGUGAACACGCACUUCAACGGACACGGACGACCACCUGGGGCCGAGGAGGGCAUGUUGCCCGUGCCAACUGCAGCGGAGGAAGCGGGGAGGCAGAGAGAGGACGCCGCAGCAACCCAGGGCACACAGCAGUCUUUGGAGGCCUUGAGCGAGGAGAUAGUGAGCACAGCCAUCUCCACUGUGGUGCAGAACACACUGUCAGCCCUGUUGCGCUCUAGCGAGGCCAGCGAGGACCCCUCCCUGGCCGAGUUCCUUCCCACCGAAACCCCACCGGGCGCUCUGGAGACCUCCGCCCAACCCACCGACACCGCUGCUAACACUACAGUUACUACAAUAGGGGCGCUGGGGGCCGACGAGGACCUGGACGAGGCGAUCACGUCAGAAAGCGGCGCCGGCGAGGAGAUGCCCGACGACACACUAGUUCCCACCGAGGAAGAGGACUUUGAGCUUCUGGACCAAAGUGAACUGGAGCAGGCGGACGAGGAGCUGGAGCUCAGCUCUGACAGACAGGUGGUGGGAGGAGCUCCAGAGACACCUCCAUCUCAGCAUCAACCACAGUCAUAGCUUCCCCCGUUGCCUCCCCCGUUGCCCCCCCACCUCCAGCUGUUUUGUUUUUAUUUGUACGUUAGAAAUACAUUAUAGCCAUACAUACUGGUAUAUACAAAACAUUUAUCAAAAGAGCGUGGCGUUUAAUACUGUUGGGUGGUGAUUGUGUGGCAGAUGGUUGAGAUUACUCGGUGUGUUCUGCUUUCAAAGGGUCUGUCGAGCCUCGGUACCGGAGUCAUUUCUAGUCCAGGACCAUCACAUUAUCGGGAUCGUCGGCUGCUAUCAGGCGGCAUUCACACUGACGCAAGCUUUGAUGCGCACACUUGCAUACACAAACAGAAAUCAUAAGUAAUGCAUUUCGCGGUCGCAGUUUUUUAUUUUUUUUUUAAUUUCUUUGUCUUUUUGUGUCGUUACACUGCUUGCUCGCCUGAUGGUACCUUGGUCAUGAGAGCAGGUUCAGGGCGGAACCGGCUUUGGGUUCACGGUCCGAGAGACCUCAUUAUUGUCACGGGUCGCAAAGCGUUUUCUCUCCGCCUGAUCCUCUAGCAUUGAGAUGAAACCGUCACCCUGUCCCACGUCCAGUCUCACAAUAAGGAUGCCUUUUAUUUUCUACCUUGGCUAACCCUUCCACCUUGUUUUCGUUCAGACGCAGAUGUUUAUCUAGAUGGUGUUACGAAGAGUUGAAAUGUUGGAUUAUAUAACUAUUAAUAUAUGCUAUAAAUUAUUUAAUUUAACGGUCAGUCGAUGAAACUUUAUCGUUGAGCUGAGGGGGAAGUUUAAAUUGAAUCCCCCUCGGUUGCCCGUAAUGAUUGUAUGAGAAUUGUUUUAAUGACCACCAUUGAACGUGCAGGUUUGAAAUGUAGUUACGUAUUCCCAGAGUUAAAACAAUAGUAUUAUCCUUCACUUUUACCCUCCAAGGUUCCAGACGCAUUCAGUCAUUAGUGGUCUUUCACUUGUUGCCUGGAAAUGGAAACUUAAGUCUUUGACAUUGUUGGAUGUUGACAAGUAGUAGAUCUUUACCCAUACACAUAAGUGACUUUGAUGUAGCAAGAUAAAAAAAAAAAAAACGUUCCUGAACUUCCUCUCUGUCAUCGAUGCCUCAUUUUUAUUCAUACUUGUGAAUAGAAAUUUGAGUUCACGCACCCAUACGUAAUGGAAUUUACUCUUGAUCUUUGGCUUCUUUGGGAGAUAGGCCCCGACCUAUUUGUACAUGUAUAGUCAUCAUUGAGAUAUGUAUAUUUACCAAAUAACCUCCUUUGUGCCACGACAAGUCCGUGCAUGCCAUGCAUCACGCAUGUAUUUACCAUCAUUAACAUUUUGAGGUCAAUGUGUUACUUCCACUGGAGCGGAUUUUCUUUCUGUUUUUGGAGGGAGAACAGAUAACAGAUGAAUUACACAUUAUGUACCUGGUCGCUGUUUGGAGAUUUGUGGACAAUUGUUGACUCGACUGUAUAAAGAGGCCGGUUUUGCUUUUGUAAACCACUCAGCAUCCAAAUCUCAGGGGUGGGUUGUACAAAUUGAAUAUAGCAUCGCAGAAUGUGUGUCCAUUUCCCCGACUUGUCGUAGUGCAUCGUAUUUGUACUAACCUCUCCCUUCUUUUUUUUUUUUUUCCUUUUCAAUCAACGCCUCCUUGUGUAUAGUGUAGAAAUGCUAAAACAAACAAAAAAAAAGAACGUGUAUAUUCUGCAUGUAAAAACAGCACUGUUCAAAGUUCUCCUUGUCAAACUGACAAAGUACUGCACAAUUUGUGAGGGAAAAAAAACAACAAUUUGAAUGUUUCAGGUUAAAAGAGCCCAUUAAAUUCAGUUUGUUUAAUAUUUAAUUACCAACCGGAGGAAUACAAGUUUUGAUGUGUCCUCAUUUUUAAAAGACUACCCAACUGUAAAUGGAAACGGGUGGCAAGUGAUAAUAACAUCAGAUUUAGAGAAGGAUAUUAACAGACUAGUUUGUGUAUGGUAGUAGUGUGUUAUACGCUUAAAAUAUUGCUUCUUGAACUAUAAAAAAAGGCACUUACUGAACUGUACAAUUUUAAAAAAGGAAUAUAUUUUCUAAUUUCUCCUUUUUCCAUAAAGUACUCAGUUUGAUCUUUUACAUCUAAAAAAAAA